AUGAAACAUCAGGGGCCAAUCAGGCAGCAGGACCACAACAGUGGAGUCGCCUGCUGUAUGUCUGCAGCCUUCGGUAACCCAGAAGACAGCGAAUAUGUUCGUCUUUUGGGACCAUCCGAACACCAGCUAGGAUCCCUGGCUCAUUCUGUGAGUGACCCUUUCGUCGCGUUGGCCGGUGCCAGUGGAGGCUGCUAUGCCCUUAUCGGCGCCCAUGUUGCUACCAUCAUCAUGAAUUGGAAGACCAUGCAAGCGGGUUGGCUGAAGAGUCCAGUGAACUUCCUCUCCACUGGUGCUGACACAGGAUUUGCCAUAUACGAGCGCUUUACUAAUCCAAAUAGCGCAAAGAUUGGCUUUGUUGCCCACCUGGGUGGCUUCGUCGCGGGUGUGCUUGUCGGUAUUCCUGUGUUGCGGAAUUUGGAGAUCGAACGGUGGGAGAAGGUGUGCUUCUGGGUGUGCAUUUUCCUAUUCGCGGCGUUCAUGGCAGCGGCGGUGCUGUUCAACGGCUUCUGCGAGGAGUACAACUGGUGUCCACCGACCGACUGGAAUUCCGUGAAGUAUGUUGAUGAACCCUCCUCGUGUGAAACUCAUUGCCGGUUAGGUACGAAUCGGGGCCAUAAAGCCACCAAAGAGACUAUCUCAAACUGCAACGCCGAGUUAUCGUGUGUCACACCAUCAAAAGAGAGCAGCACUACUGAGCAGUCAGUGGUUUGUAAUCAGGCGGCGUUGUGCGUUCGUGGCAUGUAUGCCGUUGAGCUUCAUGUUAAUCAGUUUAUCGUACUAAUUCAGGAUGGAACCCUCGAAGUGCUAUCGGCAAAAGCGAAGACAUAUAGAGGUGAAUGUAUUAUAAACAACAAUAUAUAA